UCAAGAAAUUCAUUUCGUGUUAGAAAUGGUGGACAGACGGACUACAUAAUUGUAUUUACAGACAUGAAGCAAUCAAAGAAAACCAAGAGACCUCUGCAGACGUCUCUUGGCAAGGCCCCUUGUCAGAAUGAUAAGGAAGAAAUCGACGUGUCCCACGUCAGGAAACCGAUCGAGACCAGCAUAUAUGGCAUACAACAAGUUUUAUUACUGUUAGAAACUGCCACGGAUGAGGUAAAAAGUUAUAUAAACUACGAAUGUGAUAUAAUGUAUGAAUGCCGCAUCUGCAGGAGUAUAUUCAGAAGCUUAGCGAAUUUUAUUCUUCACAAGAGAAACUAUUGCAAAGAGAAAUUCAAGCCUUACAUGAAUGAUGGCCGCGAUGGCAGUUCAUUGAAAGUUCUGCAUCUUCCUAAACCGUUUGAAGAGAGGAAAAUUGAUUCGAAUAGUACCCCCGAAAGUUCUGGACUGGGCAAUGAGGAGCAGGUUUCCAAAUUGAAUAAAUUAAAUCCAGUUAUAGAGAAACUUAAAGAAAAGCAGGAGAUUAUACAACUGACUCAAGAGCUCUUGACUGCAGAUCUAUCGAAGCAGGCACCAAAAGACACUGAAGAAACAUCCACAGUAUUAGAAAACGAUUUACUUUUGGAGAAAAUAGCUUCUAAUAACGCAGCUGUGUUUCAAACUGUGCUGCGAAGCAUGCCUCAGGGCGAAAACAGCAAACCACAACUCAUGAAAAAAGAGGUAAUGGAAAUCCACGGUAUCCUCGACACAAACGAAGCAGUCUUGGGUCCCGAUGGAAAAGUUUGCAACUUUCAAACCAACAAGCUGAGAUCUUCCAAUCCCCACAUUCCAAAAAACAGUAUAGUCUGCUCGGAAUGCAACAUUAAAUUCUCCACGAAGAAAACCCUCGCCUACCAUUUGAAGAAGAAGCACAACAACACCAGACUGGUGCACAUUUGCCCCGAUUGCAAGGACUCCUUUUCGAGCGCCUGGUGCGUUUACAGGCACCUGUACAAAGUGCACCGCAAGACCGUGGCUCAGGUGAAGAAACUCAGGGAACAAAUCCACAACGGCGUGAUCAGGAAGGACGAGGAUACAAGCAAGAAAGGCGAGAAAAAGGAAGCGACGACUUUGGAGAAAACUGACGAGGAAAAUCAGUGGCUGAAUAACAUCGAGGGCGACAACGAUUUGCAAAUGUGCGGAGGAUGCGGAAGGAGGUUCGAGCGAAAGGCGGCGCUACAUUCGCACGCUGCCAUGUGCUCGAAACGCUUGGCCGUGUGUAAUAAUAUUAAAGAAAACAACGCUAAGAAGAAAGAGGAAGAAUCUAAGGACAACAAGAGCAAAGCGGCGAGUUCGAAUAAAUCAGAUAAAUCCCCCGAUCCCGUAGAAAGUUUACCAAAAGGCGCUUCUAGGAGAAAGCCUUACCUACUGCGUACCUACAAGCAACUACCGAGCGAACCGGAAAUCGCCUGUAAAGAAGAACCUCGUGACUCCCCCGAAAAAGACGUUUGCGAAGAUAAGAACGAAGAGAUUGAUCGAAAAUCUAUUGCAUGUGAUAAGAGCGUCAGUAAAAUAGAAUUCAUCGAGGUGGAUCCCGAAGAGAAUGCUUUCGACGCGUGCGAAGUCGAUGGUGGAAGUUCCAACGCUGGCUGUGAUCUCGGUAUUAAUUCCGAAUGUAGCAAUAAUAACGAAGAAUCGUUUGGUCGACAUUUCGAAAAUUACCGAUCUUCGGUUGACGAUGCGAUGUUAAAAACGUUCGAAGAGAAAACGAGGGAGUUGAUUCAAAAGGGAAUAUUUCUCUCGCGCCAAUCGCAGGAGUGCCACAAUUCGGAUGAGUUGGAUUUGAUUUGCGAGAAACUCGACAAUUCCAUUAAGAUUGAAGAAAUCGAUGAGCUGUCGAAUAGUAGUUUUAAUGGGAGUGCCAAAAGUUGUGAACAGUAUAAAAGUCCUGGAAAAAUCAGCAUAAAAAGUCUAGAUGAGUUGAGAGGUUUCAAGAACACUAAUGAAAAAUGCCUGGAUGAAGAAAUAUCAAUGCCCGUUUUAGAGCCUAGCGUAUCGCCUAGAGGCAAUAGGAAGAGUUCCAGAAGAUUAGCUAAAAGAAAAAGAACAGCCUCGUUGGAUUGUGAAAGAACAAGAAAGGCUAUUAAGCGAUUUAAUUUUGAUGUACUACUGGAUAAAGAGGAUUUAAAUUUCAUGGCGAAAGCUUCUCCGUACAUGGACCGCGUGACAUUAACCUGCAAAUCCUGCAAACUGCAGCAUUCCUCACUUUCCAAGCUGCUGUGGCACAUGUCCGCGCAUUUUUCUUGGUUCAGGUUUCAAUGUAGCAGGUGCUCGUUUGUAUCGUUUGGAAAAUCCGAAUGUUCCUCGCACGCCAAACAAACGCACGACAUUAAAAAUAACGAAAUAUCCAGCAUUGUAUUGCCGAUACCCAAUUGGAAAACGAUGUUGAUGUCGAACGAAUUCAAGGAGUUGCAAAAUGCUGAUGAUUUCGGUGGGAAACUCACCGAUGAGGUGAAACCGUGUUGUCAAGAUGAGGAUUUUCUCAAAAACAACAAUGACAACGAAACAACUAAAAACGUGAUGAGUACUUUAUUCGUCGAUUCAGAGGCGAAUUCGGAUUCCGUUAGUUCCAAUGAGACCACUUUAUUCCCUAUAUCCAAAACGAACGGUGCAGUUUCCAUUAAGAACGAAAGUAUAGACAUUACGGAGAACGAACAGGAAAACUUCCAACUGGAAGUACCUCAGGAAAUAUACACGUUGGACGUGUUCGAAGUAGUGAACAUCGACGAAAGCAACUCGAGGUUACCGGUCGUUAAAACCGAAGAUACCGAUUUUUUGGAAGCGGAUUCGUCUACGACCGUUCCCGAAACUGCUGUGAAACUCGAAUGCGAAGAAUUUCCUAACAAUUCGACCAAUGGCAGGCCUACGAGGAACCGCAUGAGGAGCAUAAAAACCCUUCAAAACGAUUUUUUCUACGAUUUAGAUAGGGUCACGAAGCAAUCGGAAACCGUUUCGAAAACCAAUGGUCCUUUGAAGAAGAAGAAACACUGCAGCAGCACUACGAACGUGUCUCAUAGGAAAAGCAAAGAAAUGCGCGUUUACGCUAAAAAAUAACCAAUAAGAGGGUUCCUGUUUACAAUAGCAAUUAUUUGUAUAUAAUUGUCUUGUUAUCAUUAAUAUUAUUCUGUUAAUUUAUUUUUAUAAUUUCGAUUAAAUUUUCCUUUCUAAUUGCAA